AUGUUGUCACAGGUGCAGUUAUCAGUUGUGGAUUACGUUAUUUGUGGGGUAACGCUAUGCAUGUCCCUUGCAAUUGGACUUUAUUACGCAUGUACUAGUGGACGCCGGACCACUACCACAGAAUAUCACCUUGGAAACCGGAAUCUCAACUUUCUUCCAGUCAUGUUUUCUUUGUUGGUGACGUCACAAUCAUCCAUUUUGAUUCUGGGUCUCCCCGCCGAGUCCUAUCUUUAUGGUUACAUUUCAUCGCUUACUGGAAUCGCUUUCGGUUUGUCUUAUUGGAUAUCAGCCCGUGUAAUGAUUCCUGUAAUCCAUCCAUUAAAACUGACCAGCGUUAAUGAGUAUUUUGAACUACGAUACAAGGAUAAUCGAGUACGGAUCCUGACUACAAUUCUCACCAUGACAUUUUGGGUUAUAUAUAUAGGUAUUGUGACAUACGGAGUGUCCACAGCCAUAGAAAAACUUUUAGGAGCUCCGGUUUGGCUGUCUAUAUUGAUUGUGUCCACAGCAAGUAUGAUUUACACAGCUAUUGGAGGCAUUAAAGCUGUCGUCUGGACCGACGUCCUUCAGUAUCUGAUAAUGUUGAUAUCAGUUCUAGCUAUCAUCAUUCAGGGUUCAUUAAAGGUUGGAGGUGGAUCAGAAGUACUCCGCAGAAGCUCAAAUGCAGGCAGACUUAACAUUUGGAAUUUCAGUUUGGAUCCUACUAUUCGAUACACAAUACCUAGUGCGCUGUUCGGAAGCACGUUCAAGACGCUCGCAAUGUCGUUUUCCCAGGCUAGUGUACAGAGGACGGGCUGCAUGUCAUCGGUGGGGGAAGCUUACAAAAUGUUCUACAUUGUUGGUCCGCUGUCAACUAUGACCAUACUUAUGGCUGGAAGCAUGGGUCUAGUUGCCUAUGCCUACUUUGACACAAUCAAAUGCGACCCAUUGGCAGCCAGAUUCAUCCGCAAUCCAAAUCAGAUUAUUCCUACUUUGGUUUCUGAGAUAUUUCAAGAUACCCCUGGUAUGAUUGGUCUGUUCAUCGCUGGUCUGUUCUGCGCAUGCUUGAGUACGGUUUCCAGUGGUUAUGCAGCGUUGUCUUCAAUGACCUUACAAGACCUGGUCAAAAAGAAGUGGACGACAAUAUCAGAUAAAAAAGCUAUACUUGCUUCUAAAUUAACAGUGGUUGUGAUUUCAAUGAUAACAACAGGUAUGGCGUUAUUGCUUGCCAAUGUCAAGGGGACGCUGCUGAAGCUUGCUCAAGUGGUGAUGACUAUUCCGACAGCUCCAUUCUCCGGCCUAGUUCUGUACAGCGUGUUCUGCACAUCAGCAACCACAGCGGGGGCUCUUGCUGGUGGAAUCGUCUCCUUAGCGUUUUACCUUUGGAUGUCAAUUGGUAAUAUUAUGGUUAGUAAUAUGGGAGUGGAGGAAAGGCUAAAUCCAGCUCCUGUAGACAACUGUUUUGGCAAUUUCUCGCCGGAGAUCGGUUCAGCAGCCUUCAACCUAUCAAGAUAUAAUGACUUCCACAAUAACACACCAAGGAGCUUCAACACCGAAGCAGCAACAUUAGAAGGCUUCAAUAAGAUCUACAGCUUGUCUUUUCAAUGGUUUGACGGCAUCGCCAUUUCUCUAGUAAUUAUUGUGGGUUUGAUCGUCAGCAAAAUCGUAGGUGCUCCAGAUGAAGACGAUGUCGAUGUUAGAUACGUCUUGAGUUUUACAGAGCAAUUUUUCCCGUAUCUACCUGAGAAAGUGAAAUAUUUACUAUCAUGUCGGUCAACAAUACCAAAGAGAAGGAAACAAUUACAAGCGGAAGAAUGUGGUAAUAACCAAGAAGUCCAGAUAGAUGUUAUUCACAACGACUCGUCUAGCGAAAGACCACUUAACAACACAGGAGACAGUACCAAAAUUUGAAGAUGUAUGGUCAGCGGUAUACAUGUAUUUUUCAAACUACUGUUUGUACUUUAUUUGAAGCCUUUAUUAACAAAAUAUAUAAGAAAUAACGUGGCACUGUGUACUUCCAGUCCUAAUUAAUCAUUCAUGUUCGUGUUUAAACUGAUAUUUAUUGUUUCUGUGUGAUGAAAAUAUAUUGCGUUUUGCUUCUUAAAAUCUAUGAAAGUUCUAACUCUCUUUACUCCAAUCACGUACUUCCGUUUACAAGAUGCGCACGCAUCCAUCACUGUAUUUUAGUUGUUUUACUUUACAAGAAUAUUUUACAGCAUGAUUCGUAUUCUCUCUUAGGAAAUCAUGUUUACUUUUGCAAAUAUGAUAAGUCUAAAUUUAUCAUACAUAUCCUUUGCAUGAAAAUCAUUAUGAAAUUUAUCAGAGAAAAAAUGCGAACAACAUAGCUUUUGAAGAAAAAUUACUAGUGUAUAUGGAAUCACGAAUAUUGAACACGAUGUCGUCUUUGAUGUGUAUAUAUGUAUAAAACCUAUGUUGGACUGCACAUGUUUUUGUCAUUUAUCUUCAAGCUGAUUAAAUCGUCCCUUUAAA